AUGCACCCGGCCGUCUCCAUACUUGCCGAUAAUGUCGUCAAAUACCACCAUCUGCUCGCCCCGCUGCUCUACAGCGUCCUCGCGGCUGUCGCAAACGCCCUAAUUCCCUUCUUCACCGUCCUGUUCUCCGAGAACCAAUUGGUCGCAAAACACCUUGCCCUACCCACCUGGACUGUUCUCGAUGGCCCUGCAGCCGAGACCAAGACCCCCCCGGAGCGACAGCCUCAUACCGAAUCAUACGGGAUACUGGCAGUUCUCGUCGUCUCUGCGAGCGCUGUUCUAGGCGUCUACGCAGUUCCUACCACGGUCGCGCUCGGUGUCAGCAGUGCCAUCUUCGCUGCUACUGGUCUUGUCCUGUUCGAGACCACCAUACAAGCCGCGACAGAAGAGGGCGAGGGUGGCAAGCGAGGACUUGGGUCUGCGAACGGGAGUACGUUGCGGCGCGCCUCAGUGAGCGGUGCCUCGAGGCCGCAACGAUUAGCUGCGCUCAGAGAUGUCGCUGUGGCCGUUGCAGUUGUGUGCGGAAUUGCGUCUAUCCUUACCGAGUCGUCCUUGACUGCAAGCACGAUAUCUUGGGAGCCCGUAUACAGAGAGUACAACCGAGAGUGGAGGGAUGUACACAAUUUCCGCAUCCUGCAGCGCUUCUUGUGGAUGUUGCCGGUUCACACCACUGUAAAUGUUCUUGUUUUCGUUCUGAUCUCUCAAUAUGGCGCUGUAAAUACCUCUCUGUUGGCCAUAUUCUCUCACCUUGCUGCGAAACUACACUUCGCCCCGACCUUUUCCGCCGUUUUGUUUACCCUCAUUUACGACGGGGCGGCACUUGUACACUUUUUUGAGUCAUCCGGAUCUCCCAUUGUCAUGGAUUCGCGGCGCUCUAAGCGACUGCGUCGCUUUAUCUUCAUCGUUAUGGCUCUUGCAGUGGGGUCUCUACUUUUCGGACGUUUCACUGGACCACCAACGUAUCAGCACAUCACGCAUGGUGUUCUUACCGACAUAUCACUUUCCCCGCCUGGGAUGCCACUUGCUCCGGUGUCGGUAGAUCUGACCAAGGGUCAUCCGGCUGCGCAAUUGAUUGACGCUGCAGAGGCAGACUUCCAAGGCACCCUUAACCGACAAUCCAAGUCGCUCGCUGAUGCGGUUCGAGAGUACCGACGCAGGAACGGGAUCUCGCCACCUCCGCACUUCGACAAAUGGUACGAGUUUGCGACGCGCAACGGUGUUGUGAUGAUAGACGAAUACGACACGAUCAAUGAGAUGCUGCUACCGUUUUGGGCGCUCAAACCAUCGACGAUUCGGUCGCGCAUUGCGAAUGCGUUAGGUCAUGAAGAUAGCUCCAUGCUUGCAAUUGCGAUACGCCAUGGCGCUGUAGAGAACUUCCAAGGCGGCGAUGAAUGGCAACAACAGGCUACCAUUGGCAUGAUGAAGCAGUUUGUCCAGUAUCUGCCCGACAUGGAUCUGGGCUUCAACUUACAUGACGAACCGCGAGUUGUCGUGCCCGACAAUCUGUUGUCGUCGAUGGUGGCAAAGGCGAGGGACGAAAUUCUACCGCGCACUGCGAAGAACACUGCACCUCGUAAUGCCUUCUCUGCCCGUCCAGAAGACUUGAGUGAUGGUACACGGUUUGCUGAAGUUAGCACGACCAAGUUCAAUCGCUUUGCGCAUCAACAGACAUGGACGCAUUCGCGGCUGUCAUGCUCCCCUGGCACUCAGGCCCAAACCUUCGAAGACUACGCUGCCGAUAACUUCACCGCGUAUGCCGCCAGCGACCUUGGCUUUAUUUACAACACAACCGCCUUCUCUGAUAUCUGUAACUCGCCUUCGUUCUCGUCAACGUUCGGAUUUUUCGAGCGCCCCAACGCCUUCAGUAUCAUCCAUGAGCUGACACCCGUCUUCUCACAGUCGAAGAUCUCCAGCUUCCAGGACAUCCUAUACCCCAGUCCAUGGUACUGGAUGGGCAAAGUAGGCUACGACGAGACGCACGACACGACCUGGGAAAACAAAACCAACAGUCUCUACUGGCGCGGCUCCACAACAGGAGGUUUCAGUCGCAACGGCGGCUGGCGACGCCAACACCGCCAACACGUCGUCCAACGCCUGAACGCCCCCGACACCGCCAAAGUCCUCGAACCCGUCUCCAACCCCACCUCAACCUACGCCGUAACCUCGAUCGAGCGCAAAGCCCUCAAAGACCUCAUCGACGUCCACUUCUCCCACAUCGGCCAAUGCGACCCCGGCGACUGCGACGCCCAAAACGAAUUCUUCGACGUAACCGAACGUGUCGACGGCCAAGACGCAUGGUACUACAAGCACCUCCUCGACAUGGACGGCAACGCCUUCUCCGGCCGCUUCUACAGCUUCCUCAAGUCCCGCAGUCUGACCUACAAAAUGGCGCUGUUCCGCGAGUGGCAUGCAGAGUGGCUACGACCAUGGGUGCAUUAUAUCCCCCUCUCCCUCCGCGGCGACGAGCAUCUCGAUCUUGUAAGGUGGUUCAGCGGAACACAGAUUUUCGACGAUGACGGCGAUGGCGUUGUGGAAAGAGUCAAGGCGGAUGGAAGCAAGAAGGGCGGGAAUGGCGCGAGUGAAGGCGAGAAGAAGGCGCGGCUUAUUGCGAAGAGGAGUUCUGAGUGGCAUGAUCGGGUGUUGAGGAAUGUGGACUUUGAGGUUUGGUUCUUUAGGUUGCUGUUGGAGUAUGGGAGGGUGGUGGAUGAUCAGAGGGAGGAGAUUGGGUUUGCGGGGCCGUAG